AUGAUCACAGAAGUGCAGCUCGCCUUUUUCGCCAACGUGCUGGGUGUGUUGCUCAUCCUGCUGGUUGUUCUCUAUCACUACGUGGCUGUCAACAAUCCCAAGAAAUAG